UGAGAGUGAUAUCUGCAGAGUGGGGAGAAAGAAAUCGUCAAUGGCCUUCUUGCCUUUACCGUCGUACUGAUCCAGGAAAUACUGGAGCGUAGGCAUUGCAGCGUAACGAGGUCAAGGCUUGUGACCGGCGUGGAGCGUGGCAAUGGAGCCGCGAGUAGUUUUAUGUCUUCUUCUCCUGUCCCUUUGCGGACGAAUGCAAUGUGCGAGCGAGCAGGUUGCACCAACAGCUGAUUCUGCGACUGGAGCCGCUGCAGCAAGUGCAAGUACGACGCGGCCUGAUAUACCUGGACAUGGCGAGCCAUUGGGCCAGCACCGACUCCCAGAGAUACCCAUUGAUGAGUUCAGUGAGCCGAUAACGGGCGAAGUGUUCUUCAAGAACUACAUCCAGCCGCAGAAACCCGUCGCGUUCCGGGGCUUCGCCAAGCAAUGGCCAGCGUUCAGCAGGUGGACUGACGAAACCCUGUCUCAAGACUUUGGUUCUUUGGAGGUGAAGAUAGAAGCCAAGAAGGAUGGGAGCGUGUAUGGGCCGGAGGGCAGCCUCGGAAUCGGUAGAGACACCAUCGGGAACUUCGUGGAGGGUUACAAGGAGCGCGAUAAGUACAUCGUCAGCGAGCUGCCCUCACCGAUGUACAAAGACGUCCUCGUGCAUCCCAGCAUGUGCUGCGGAGAGCUGAACAGAUCCGUGGUAGAGGUAGACCUGUGGUUGAGCAGCGGUGGCACGCGUAGCCGCUUGCACAGAGAUGCGUUCAAUGCUAUCAAUUGCUUGCUGGAUGGCACGAAGACGUGGAUCAUGAUAGACAACAACCAGACGAAGAAUGUGUACUUCGUUGCCGACAGCCGUUACGAGAUGGGUGGCUUGUCGCCGAUCGACGUGGAUAACGUGGAUUUGAAGAAGUUCCGACGGUUCCGCGACGUCAAGUAUGGCGUGGUGGAAAUCAACGCAGGCGACUGCGUCUUUAUUCCGGGAGGCCAUUACCACCAAGUGAAAAGCACUGGUAACCGUAACCUAGCUGUCUCUCUGCUCUUCGGCCGUGUGGACAAGUUCACCAGCGGUGAGGAGUGUAAGAGCGUGCCACUGGUUGCAAAGUCGCUGGACGAGUUCGACGUGCUCUGGCGCUGGAGUGGAACGGGCAUUAUGGACAUGGGCCGUGGAGAUGAUUAUUUCUUCAAGGUGCUGUUUACCAACCGGAUGCCGGGGAAUGUAACAGAGCUGGGCCUGAAGGCCAUUGCCAAGAUGCUGGUGAAGGACUUGGGUUUGGAAAUGGACAGAUCGACUCUGGAGCUGUCGAAGAAGGUAUUGGAACUUCUGGAUCACGACAAGAAUGGAGCUGUGAGUGUUGCGGAUUUGGACAGCGUCGACCGUCAUGUGUACCGCAACCUCUCGUUCUUGAUCGAGGGAGAGAGUGACCUGAUGAACACGUACAACUUUGAGUUUGGAUCUCUCGAAUACCACACGUUGCGGGAUACGCUGGAGGCGUUGCUUAUACACAACAUACCUGCAGCCGGUGUCUCCAGAGAAGAGUUCAUCAAAGUCUACAGAACGGAGCCGCUACGUGGAUCACAGUUCAACGGGAACAAACUCUUCAACAUGCUGGACAAAGACGGUGACGGAAUAAUCAAAUCAAAGGAGGUGACUCCAGCAAUCCUGGAGGCAAGGCUGAGGCCGUAUGAGGUCGAUUACGAAGGAACUGGAGGCCGUCAGGCAGAAGAAGAGGAAGAGGAACAAGAAGAAGGCCGUGGAGGAGAUGACGAUGAAGGAGAAGAGGAGGAUGAGGAAGGUGGUGGCGAAGGAGAGGAGGAAGAGGACGAGGGAGAAGGCAGACAAGGUGAAGAAGAAGAUGAGCAAGGCCGACACGACGAGCUCUAGCUUUCCCCGUAGAUCAUGUAGAAUAUCCAGGCUGUGCAGUAAGAGUGUCAGUGCAGUGUUGUUCCCCUUCCAUCGGACAUACUAUGAACAACCAAGGUGUUUGUGGGCAUUCAGCCCCCCCCCCCCCCCCCCCCCACACACACAGACAUUUCCUGAACAGAACCCGCAAAAAAAUUUAUACAAUGCACUUGAACAGAAUAGUUAUAAAAACAUUCUUGCCCUCAGAUUUGUACUAACAAAUUCAAGUAUUUUACUGAUCUGGACCUGUCACAAUGAUUGUGAAUUCAGGGCUUGCUGCUUCGAAGCUUCCUUAUCUGGUCUAUCUGCUAUUAUGCUGGCUUCCAUCCCGUUUCUUGCCACUUUGGUUGCGUACGCUUGGUUGCGUACGCUGCUGCUUAUACUCGUAGUUGCUUGGCUUGAACAUGCUUCCUGCUCAUAGUCAUAUUGCCUUUCUCCACUAUACGUGUGUGCAUGCAUGCAUUUCAGUGUAUAAAUGAUCAGGACCGGAAACGUCGACAUUGUAGAUUAUAAUGUCACGAUGUAUCUGUAGCAUAUCAAUUCUUUUACUUUGAACUCUUUCCCAGAUCAUUGAAGUACUGAAAAGGA